AAGUUUGUGAAGUUAAAGUGGAUAGAAGUAAAUAAUUGGAAAUAAAAAAAGUAGGACAAGGAAGGAAGAGUGAAAGCAAGUGGAAAUGGAAAAUUAUACAUCAGAUUCAUCCGAAUCGGAUUCACAUACAAUUGAUUACCAGAACCGUAAUUUGACGGUAUCAAAAGCUGAAGAUUUCUUUUUGAACUUGUUUGAUAAUGAAAUGGCUUAUACUGAAAUUGAGACCGUGAUCCUGUAUAAUAAUCAUCUGUCAAGUUUGCCACUAUCGCUGUUACAAUUCACGAAUUUGCACACGUUAGAUAUCAGCAAUAAUAGUCUCGCUACAUUAAAUGUUGAAGUAUUCUUGCAGUGUCCAUUACGCACAUUUAUUGCCAAAAAUAAUCUGCUUACGAAUGACUCGCUACCAAAAACAUUCGCAUCAAAAUCCAAAUUGGGUCAAUUACGUGAAUUGAAUUUGAGUGGAAACAUGUUGACUCGAUUCCCAAAUCAGAUACUCGAACUACACUCAAUUAAAUAUUUAUACCUCAAUGGAAAUCUCAUCCAGUCAAUUCAUAAAGACAUCUGGAAAUUAAAAAAUUUGCAAGUACUUUCUAUGGGCGCAAACAAAAUACGAGAUGUUCCGGACACUAUUGGAAAUCUAGUCCAAAUGCAGGGUUUAAAUCUUUGUGACAAUUUAAUUGAUAAACUUCCAUCGAGUAUUGCACGAUUGCACAAUUUGAAGACAUUAUCACUACACAAAAAUGCCAUAAGAACUUUACCACCUGAGCUUAUUUCGUUGAGAAAUUUGACAGAACUCUCACUUCGUGACAAUCCACUUGUCGACAGAUUUGUUCAGCAUCUUUCAAUGACACCAACAACAUUAAAGGAAAGUGCAGCACGAGUUGUGAAAAUUUCUGAAUUGCUUUACAGUCCCGAAAACUUGCCAAGAACACUCAUCGAUUACCUCAGCUUUGCAAAUUGUUGUGUCAAUCCUAAUUGUAAAGGAGUCUAUUUUGAUAAUCGAGUUGAGAAUGUGAAAUUUAUUGACUUUUGUGGAAAGUAUCGAGUGCCUUUCAUGCAGUAUUUAUGCAGUUCAAAAUGUGUUGAUAAUGCAAAUGUUGAUGCACAACAGCCAAGUGCCAGUGGUUUCAUGAUGAGAAAAGUUCUCUUGGGUUAAUUCUCACAUUUAUACUCAACUGGAAUCGGAAGUAAAGCUCUCUGCUGUUUAUCUUAGUCUAUUUUAUGCAAAAUCAUCAAAAUAAAUUGUUUAAAGUCUAUGAAUUUCAAGUGCUUGUGCUAAAUCAUGAAUUUUCUUCCAUUUUUAUUAAUCUUUAAGCAUAAAGUUGUUUAAGGCAGUAAAAAGUAGGUUUAAUGUAGUCAUUAAUGAUUGAAAUUAAUAAAAGCUCACUAAAGUUGAUGCCAUAAUAAUAUAAUGUAAAAUAAAAUGAAAUUUAAUGAUAAUGAGGAGCUAUAUAGGAGCUCAUAUAGGAAGAAG